GCAAGUAAUGGCUUCUUAUAGCCCUAAACUUUUAGACAAGAAAUACAAUAACUGGGUUAAAGCGCAGUUAGCAGUGCUGUUUACUAAAGAAGGUAUUGAACCUUUUGUUUGCCAUGAAAUCAAACAAUUUCAGUUGAAAUGCUUAGAUGAUAUAUGUUACAACAGUGGACUAUUUAGUGGGACUUUGUGUUCAAGAUGCUGCACGGAAAAUGUAAUAAAAUGUCCAACAAAUAGAAUAUGUAAUGUUGGACGUGGAAGAUGCAGUUAUCAUCGAAAUGCUGCGACAAGGUAUACUCCUGCUGGCUGCCCUAACAAGAUAUGUCAUAAUUUCACAACUGAGAUACAGAAUGUACAUAGGUACAAUGGUCCGUCGUACAAAAACACUGAUGCUACACAGUGGUGUAGUAAUUUCUGGGAAGUGGCGAAAUGCUUCAUGCCUCCAGAUGGGUAUAAAGAUAAAGCAUCUGCUGCAGAAACAGACUUCAAUGGUAUAAUCAGCGUUAUUCUCAAUUACAAACACUUCCAAGGGAAACUACAUGAUAACCUCAAUAAUAAGACGAAUAUGUUUGAGGAGGCAAGAGAUAUUGGAAGAAAAGUGCGACAUUCUUCAACACUGGAAGUAGAGGAUACAGAUCUUCAGAAUUACUUCAAACUAUUACAGAAACUACUUUCUGAUCACGUUUUUUUAGCUACAGACACACAUGCGCAGAAUGCUAAAAAGAAACUGAUAGAGUUAGAAAAUGACACUUUAGUCAUUGGUAAAGAUGAUAUAAGAAAAGUACUAGACGAUGUGGCAAAGGCAGUUCAAGACAAGAUGAAGGCUGGAUUAGAUGAGCAUUAUGACAGAAUUAAACUAGAUAUGAUAAAAAGGAAACAGGAAGAUCUUCUAUCUCUUCAGUCAGAAAUCGCCGAGGGAGUGACACAAUUAAAAGAUACAGCUAAUGAUUCUGUUCAAAGACUGCAAGAAGAACGGGACAAAGAAGUUGGGCAAAUUCAUGAACAAGGAGAUAAAGAACGAGCAGAUCUGGCUGGAUUAGGAGAGACGUUACAAAAAGCACUGAAAAUAGCAAGUAAAGACGAAAAAGAAGAACAAUAUAUUGAAUAUAAACAAAAACUGAGGGAUGAACUAAUUACAUGGUACAACACCAAUCAGAGUACAGUUCCUCUUUCACCACUCACAGAUGAUUCCCAUACCCCUUUAGCCGGGUUCUACAUUAUGCCAGAAAUGGACAUACAGACUUAUCUGCCAGGUGGAAGGAAAGAAACAACUAGAGUCAGGUCGUUACAGGAACUGUUUACUCCCAGUAAAACGUUUUCACAGGAAAUAUAUUUAUCAGCGGCCGCUGGAUUUGGGAAAACUUCUUUUUCAAAAUAUUUCGCCAUCACAUGGUGUCAAGCUCAUAAAAAUGAUGAAAACUAUAAGCAUUUUAAAGAAGAAGAGUUAAAGGCAUUAUAUGGCUUUGAGUUGUUAUUUCUGGUGCUAUUGAGGGAUUCAACUAAAGUAUGUGAUGUCGACGACAUGAUUGAACAACAAGUCAUACAAUAUCUUUCGUGCUCAUCUUCAAUGCCUAAAGGUCUUUUAAAGGACAUUUUACAUGAUGAAAAGUGUCUUGUUAUAUUGGAUGGACUAGAUGAAUGGACUCAUCCUGACAACGAUUGUACAAGACUUCCAAAAAGUAUUCCUCAUCGAUAUGCACGUGAAAAGUGUGUAAUCUUAACAACGACCCGCCCAUGGAAGCUUGGAAUGUCAAACUUGAAGACUAAUCAAAUAGACAAAACAGUAGAGCUAGUUAAACUAGAUAAACACAAUAUUAGACAGUUUUACCUGAACGCAAUGAAAACAUUGAAAGGCAACAUUGAAGAAGAAAAACUGAUCAAUGAAGUUUGUAGAUUUGAAGAAGCAAUCAGUGACCAUGACCUUGAUGAUAUGGAAUCCACCCCUCUCCUGUUGCUAUAUCUUAUAUGUUCAUGGAUUGCUAAAAUUCCAAUAGGAAAUUCAGCAGUAGAAUUAUAUACAGGCAUUAUUCAACUCCUUCUAUCUAGAACAGAAAAGUUACAUGGAAAGUUUCAUUCAUCAUGUGAAAAGUCUCUACUUUAUAUUCCUGAUUGUUUCACAAAACAUCAACAUUUCUAUAGCUACUACACGUUUCUGGUGACCAUUGGGAAACUAGCUUUUUAUACAUUGUUCAAUAAGAAAAAGGAGCACACAUUAGUUUUUGAUAAAAAUGUUGCUAAUAAAUAUCUUAACGAAGAAGAUUUGAAAUCGAGCUGUCUAUCAGGAAUACUAUCAGAAAGUAAAGUGAAAACAUUAAUAAAUGAAAGUUUUAAAAUUUCAUUUUCACAUAAAACAGUGCAAGAAUACUUUUCAGCAUUAUUUAUAAGUUUUCAAAAUACAAAUGAGGUUCAGAAAAUCAUAUUUGAAGUGUGCAACUGUUUAAAAAAUACUCUAGACAUGUCAAAAGUGUUUGUCUUUAUUAGUGGCAUGAACCCUAAAUUAAUGUCAACAAUAUCAAGUGAUUUAAUGCCUGUGAUAAACAAUGAUGACAAAACAAGCAAAUACAGAACUAUGACAGAUUAUGAUUACAUUUACAUUAAGCCAUUACAAGACAUACAAGACAUGUACAUUUCUUGUAGCAAAGAAAGAAAGGAAACCAAAGACCUCAAAUUGUGUUUACAAGAUUUCAUCAUUAAUGAAAAUUGUCAACAAAAAAACUACUUCAGACAAUUACAAUAUUUGUGUCAACAAAAUAAAGAAAACAUAAAAUCAAUAAUGAUAGAUAAUAAAGAUAUUUGUAGUCUACAAGAAAUUAUCAAUUUGUUUACACUCUCUGACCUUCCACAUAUAGAGAAAUUAUUCUAUAUAGGUGAAAUUGUAGAAGAGGAAAUAAUGAGCUUGUUAUUGAACCCUUUAAAAUGUUUAAAUGUGAUAUCACGUAAAUGGGAAAAUCAUGACUUUGUAAGAAAAUAUUGCCAGCUGACUGCAGAGAUAAAUGGAGGACUGGUGAAAUUACAACACCUGGAGUGUUUAUCGAUAAGCUGUUUCACUAUGACCCACAUGGUAAUGAAGACAUUGUUAAAUUUCCUCAAUAGUAAAAAAUCAAUGAAAGAAAUAAGAUUGUACAGUUUUCACUGUAGUGAUCAUGGUACUUCAUGUAGGGGAUUCAACCUUGACCUGUCUCAACAUUCACAACUAAGAUGUUUAGGAUUGGACAAUAUACCUGUGUCACAGUUAAACAUGGAUGUAUCGUUGUUAGAGGAAUGUACUGUAGGUAUAUUAUAUAAACCUGGUGUUGUGUCAUCUUAUCUCAGUCAACUACCAGCAGCAAGUAAACUACAAACAUUUAUGUGUAAUGAUCUAGAAUCUUCCAGUGACAUAGAAACACUGUUACAAACAUUAUCAUUGUUAUAUCAUGUGAAAGUUGUUGUGUUGAGGAGAAUCAAUCUAGGUGAAAGAUCAUUAACACUGUCACCUCAAAUGAGCAAUAUUGAAGGUGUUGCCUUGAUGGAUAUAACAAUGUCUUGUUCAGUGUUACAUGAUAUCAUUACUGUUAUAAACAAACUACCACAUGCAGUGACAGUACUUAUGAGAGGUUGUGAUAUAAAACCAGAAACAGAAUUUGAAAACUUUAAAACAUUUAUAAAACAAUCAAACAAUUUUGUGGUCACCAGUGAUGGCACCUUGAUGCCUGAAGAGUACCUGUUUGUGUUUAAAACAACAACAAGUACUGAGUAACCUUAAAUGAACUUGGGAGAAACAAUUUAUAGAUAGAUUUUGAGACAAGUGACAGGUGAAAUAGACAUCAUUUUUUAUUAUGAAUCAAAUAUUUACUGCAGUAUUGUAGAUUGAUAAAUGUGCACACAUAAAUAGACAUCUUGGAUUAUUUUCUGGAAGUGUUAUGGAUGGACUGAUGUUUCUGUAUAUAAAAAAUCUUCCUCUUUAUGAAGUCAUACUUCAUCAGCAGACACAAUAUCUAUAAGUACAAACUUGAGAUAGAAGACUGACACACCAAAAAUAAAAAGAAAGAUAUGUUAUACAUCACUUGUUUAUGUUAACUUUAAGCUUAAAUUAAUAGCAAAGAACACUGUGCAUUUGUUAAUUAGUAUUAUUACGAGUGGAGUGUCAUUUAUUUAUAAUAUGUACAUUCAAUAUUUUUAAAUACCUUGCUAUCUAGGAAUUAUAUGUGAUUUACCUGUGAUAAACACCUACCUCAAGUUUAAUAACUGUUGUCACCAUAUAUUGUAGUUGC